AUGGACAAGACGGUUGUUGGCGUAAAACGUGAUGAGAAACGUGAGGUUGAGCUGUUUGGCGAGCCACGAGAUCAAGGCUUCGUGAAGGGUGGACGUGAUCUGGACUUGGAGCGCGUCUUCAAAGUGGCUGAAUCUGCGAACCGCAUCGAGAGGUGGAGAGUCGGGGAAGCAACCAGUGACCAAGGUGGGUUUUCCCCGCGAUCCGCUUCAUCUGCACCAUCCAUUCCGCCUCUGACAUGCGCAGACGCUGCUCGGCGCGAUCUCCAAUUUGGUGUUUUAGUUCAGUGA